CGGAGGGGGCGUGGCCUCGGGACGAAAUGCAGAUGAGGGGGCGGGGCCAGGGAGGCGUUCCAGCUGCGUCCAGCGCAGGAGCAGCAAGAGCUGCAGCAGCAGAAGGAGCAGGAGGCGCAACAAGAGCUGCAGCAGCAGGAGGAGAAGGAGGCGCAAGAAGAGCUGCAGCAGGAGCAGCGAGCAUCAUCCUCUCUCCUCCUUCUUUCUUUUUCUUCUUCUCCGCCACGACCACCCUCCCUUCGGGGGUCUCUCCAUGGCCGAGCCCGAGGCUGACCCCGAGCUCCCCGCUCCUCCUGCCUCUUCCUCCUCCUCCUCUUCCUCCUCCUCCUCCUCGGUCCCCGAGGGGGAGGAAGGCCCGGUCCGCUUCGCCCGCAAAGGCGCCCUCCGGCAGAAGAACGUGCACGAGGUCAAGAACCACAAGUUCACCGCCCGCUUCUUCAAGCAGCCCACCUUCUGCAGCCACUGCACCGACUUCAUCUGGGGCUUUGGGAAGCAAGGAUUCCAGUGUCAAGGUGAGCGAUGCAUCUCUCGGGUUCAUUUCUAGGAAAUUCCUGGUUGUGGUUGCGUUAAAAUAUCCCAUUACGAGCCAAAGUGCCGUUUAUCCUUCCCAGAUGUUGCGUUUGCAGCGCUUCUUGGGAAAGAUCUCCGUAUCGUUUUCUUUUCAAAACAAACAUAGAUCCAGGUUGCAUCUACAUUGUAGCACUAAUGCGGUUCAAUCCCAUUUCAAACUGCCACAGUUCAGUGCUGUGGACGAUGGGAGCUUUAGUGUGGCACUCUUGGGCAGAGAAGGCUAAAGACCUUUGCAAAACUACAACUCCCAGGACUAGAUUGCAACAAAGGCAUCAAAACCCAAAAACUGGACCGCUUUUCUGAAAUGUUCCUUAAUUUCUCCAAAGAGCAAAGC